UUAGGCAGCCCUUUUCCGGAAUUCAAUGUUUAUAUCAGUAUACUGACACUUGUUUCGUAAAGUAAUAUACAUGUUUUACAUGCUGUUCAAUUUUCAUGUCAAACAACUCUUUCUUUCUAUGAUUUGGUGUUGUUUGAUUUUUGUUUCUCAAGGCCUCCAUCGAAACCUUAACAGUUCGCACACAAGACGUCUAUUGUAAAGAAGCCGUUAAUAUAAGACAAUAUAAAAAUGGCCUCUGACGGGAUAAUAAAACAAGAAGCAAAUGCUGAAACUACUUUUACAUCGUUUACUGAAAAAGGAUUGUGUAGAGAUGAAGUGAAAUUAGUAUUUGACGAUGAACGGGAGCUGUUUGUUUCAGAAAACUUCCUGUCGCUUUCUUCGCCGGUUUUCAAAGCAAUGUUUUCAAAUGAUUUCAUUGAGAAAAACGAAAUGACAGUUAGGCUACCUGGGAAAAGCUAUGAAGACUUUCUUGAGUUCUUGAUGUGUAUCCAUCCAGCGGUGCAAAAACCAAUUGAUGAAUCGAAUGCAGUCCGUAUGGUACCGAUUGCUGAAGAGUACCAAGUACCAUCAAUAGCUGCAAAAUGCCAAAGGUUAAUGACGAAGGUUAUGAACAAGGAUCUUGCAGAGGCAAAAAAUUGUUAUUCUAAGUUAGAAAAUCACGUUGUGGCUGUUCGUAAAUGUCUCAUUUUCUUUAACACUGCAGUAGCAUAUGAAUAUAAAAGUGUUAUUGAGCAUUGUACUACUGUCCUUGCAAGCUUCCCGUCUGCAGUAUACACUGAUUUAGCAAAUUGCAACUACUUCAGCAACUCCUACCACUAUCAACAAAGUGUUAAAGUAAACGGAGAAAGCGUUAAUGUGAAAGACGUACGCUCUGAAUGCUUGGCUUUGUUUAAAAAACUACCACCAGAUGUUAGCCUCAUGGUUACUACCGAACGAUUAACAAAGUGCGAUAAUCAAAAACUCUUAUAGAGGCAAAUUGACAGAUCGAGCCGUGAGAUCUUAGCCACCAUAGUUUUAGGCUGUAUGACAGUUCUGAUGUUAUUUUACCGGAUGUAUUGCUGAACAUAAACAGUAUACUUUACACAAUUAUAAUAUCAUAGUACACGUGAUAUACAAAAUUUAAGAUAAAUGAACAUCAUGUUGGAGAUAAUUGAUAAACUGCUCUUAAGCACAAGAACAAAGGUUUUAGCUGAUAACCUUGUUGACUGAUUGUUUAGUUUGCCGAUCGGGUUCAAAAGAUUAGUUCUACGUUUUUUUA